CCCAGUAGGCUGUUGGAUUGGGAAAUUUGUCGAAGAUGACGAAUUUUAAAUACUGUGCUAUUUUAAAUAGAAAUUGUUUAGCUUGAAACGUUAUUGUUAGUUCAAAAGAAUGAACUUUGUAGAUACACUGAAGUCUUGUUGGCUAGCUACGUUAAUCGGUUCGAUUUUGCUGACCGCCGGUACUUGUGUGUUGUUCUGGAACGAGGCCCGAACUAUCAGUACAACACUUUCCCUUGAAGAAGCCCUGAAUGAAGCAGUUACGAUUAGUGCCAGCCAGCCUUACGAUAGGAGUUACGAAAGGCAGUUGAUUCAUCUGAACGGAUGGAUUACUACAGGAGAACCGCUUACCGAACCCGAUUAUAACAUUCAGGUGCAAGCGGUGAAACUAAAACGUCGCGUCCAAAUGUACCAAUGGAUUGAAGAAUAUGUAGAAAAUCGAUUUGGAGAAACGGUUUCCACUGCUCAAACAGAGGACCGAUCCUACUACUACACCUUGGAUUGGCGUGACGAAUUAGUCGAUUCGCGAAGUUUUUAUAUCCGCAGUGGGCACCACAAUCCCAGCACUUUCCCGCUCGAUUCCAAAAUACACGUUUCGGAACGCGUGCACAUCGGACAGUACGAACUGGGUGAAGCUUUGAAAGAUCGUUUCAGCAACUUUAUUGAUGUUACUUCCGACACACGCCCUGAAGAUCCUUCGGUAAAGCUGCAUGGUGGAUUGUAUUAUCACUGUAACGAUAUAUGGAAUCCUGAAGUUGGAGAUAUCCGGAUACAAUUUGCUUAUGCCGGUUUAGAAGGGUCACCGUACACUUUGGUUGGAAAGCUAGAGAACGGUAAAAUUGUUCCCCACGAAUCAUCGCAUGCCAGGAAGGUGCUUCUCAUUUAUCCCGGAGAGUUAUCGCUUCAAGCUACCAUCGAUCUCGAACAUCAAGCUAAGCGAAUAACUACAUGGAGUUGGCGUAUGAUUGGUUGGAUGCUUCUUUUCUUCUCGGCUACUUGUUCCGCAUCCAUACUGCAGUACAUAACAUCGCAAAGUCGUGUACUUCGACAGUUUGUGCCAAAUCCAAACUUUCCUCUAUCUACAAAUCUUAAAAUAUCAUUUUCACUAGCAUUGGCAAUAGCGUCAAUCGCUUGGAUCAUUCGUCGUCCCCUGCUAGGUGGCAGCAUAUUUCUGGUGGCGGUUUUUCCGAUUCUGUACCGCGCUCGUCGACUUUUCAGUAAUUAUCAACGAUUAGAUUGAACUGUAAUGAAAUUGAAAUUGAAUGAUUGUUUUAAUGUUAUUAGCUUCCAGUGGUGUUAACUUUUAUAGUACAUUAAUUCUAUUAUAUCACUUGCACAGCGGCUCAAUAGAAAUGGUUACGUAUUCCAAUAACGCCCACUUUAAACUGUUUGAAAAAAUUCCUAGUCCUAAAUGAAAUCAUGACUUCCACUGAAAGCUCAAGCAUGAAUACGGUCUUUUCUAUGGUCAAAACCAACAAAACCUCUAGUCUACAUAGUUUUACAAGCAUACAUUACUAUUGUUUUGUAUUAAAUAGGAGCAUAAAGGGAAGUGGAGUUAACAAGAAAUUAUGAUAUAAUAAAUAAAA